CAUACAAAAUGUACGUAUACGGUUAUACGUCUCAUGUUUACCUCCAGAAACGAUAUUCCUUCGUAUCUCACAGUGGAAUCCAACUUCACUCGUUAAUCCUUCUACAUGUAUCACUAAUAGUCCUAUCAUCGUCAGGCGGUGUAACCCUGACUGGGUCGUCUGAGUACGCUGUCCCUGGGACUGAGUUUACACUGACGUGUGAUGUACCAGGGGAGGCCAAUUUUGUCCAGUUUUACCGCCGUCCUGACGUCUUUACUUCUGUAGGCGGUGUGCAAGUAGGUGGUGACCAAUGUUACAACACCAAAGCCAGCCCAGCCGUCCUCUGUACACCGGAUGUCUGUUCCUGUGUGACGUCUGGAGGCCUUGGUACAGUGUUCCGGUGGAUCAUACAGCCACAGACGGGAGACAAUGGAUCUGUGUGGUACUGUAGACGUACCAACAUUAAUCUACCAGACCAAACGCUGGACAGUGAUGACUAUACACUUAAUGUGGCAGACGGCCCCGGCACCUCCAUAGCUCUGUCCCCGUCCGACACUACAUACACCAGGACAGAGGGUGACACGUUACCGGACAUCACCUGUACAGCGGACUGUAGACCUGCCUGUACCUUUGUCUGGACGCGACCGGACAACACCAACUUUACUGUCUCAUCUGUGUUGUCACUGGGACAACUGGACAUAUCAGAACACGGAACGUACAGGUGUACUGCAUGGAAUGUUGUCGGGGAGUCGACUAGGAUAACUAGUGUUACUGUACAGUACGGUCCCGGAACCUCCAUAGCUUUGUCUCCGCCCGACACUACCUACACCAGGACAGAGGGUGACACGUUACCGGACAUCACCUGUACAGCGGACUGUAGACCUGACUGUACCUUUAUAUGGACACGACCGGACAACACCAACUUUACUGUCUCACCUGUGUUGUCACUGGGACAACUGGACAGAUCAGAACACGGGACGUACACGUGUACUGCUAGGAAUGUUGUCGGGGAGUCAACUACAAGUACACGCAUUGUAAUGAAAUACGGACCGUCUACCGUAAGUCUGACUCCAACAACUGUGACCUACACUCCUAAAGAGGUACAGACUAUCCCCACCAUCACGUGUUUUGCUGACUGUAACCCGGUCUGUACCUACAGCUGGACAAAGGGUGGACAGUCCUAUAUAACAGGGUCAGGUAUCCAACUCACCAACAUACAGCGUGAUCAGGGGGGCGUGUACAGUUGUACGGCCAGUAAUGAGUACGGGAGUGGGAAAGGUGCUGACGUCAGUAUCACCGUCUAUUACGCCCCCGGUACCUCCAUAGCUCUGUCUCCGCCCGACACUACCUACACCAGGACAGAGGGGGACAUGUUACCGGACAUCACCUGUACAGCGGACUGUAGACCUGCCUGUACCUUUGUCUGGACACGACCGGACAACACAAUCUUUACUCUCCCACCGGUGUUGUCACUGGGACAACUGGACAGAUCAGAACGCGGGACGUACAGGUGUACUGCUAGGAAUGUUGUCGGGGAGUCGACAACAAUAAUAUAUGUUAUCAUACAGUACGGACCGUCUACCGUAAGUCUGACUCCAAAAACUGUGACCUACACUCCUAACGAGGGACAGACUAUCCCCACCAUCACGUGUUUUGCUGACUGUAACCCGGUCUGUACCUACAGCUGGACAAAGGAUGGACAGUCCUAUAUAACAGGGUCAGGUAUCCAACUCACCAACAUACAGCGUGGUCAGGGGGGCGUGUACAGGUGUACGGCCAGUAAUGAGUACGGGAGUGCGAGGGGCGAUGACGUCAGUAUCGCCGUCUACUAUGGUCCCGGUACCUCCAUAGCUCUGUCUCCGCCGGAUUCUAUCUACACCAGGACAGAGGGUGACACGUUUCCGGACAUCACCUGUACAGCGGACUGUAGACCUGGCUGUACCUUUGUCUGGACACGACCGGACAACACCAACUAUACUGUCUCACCGGUGUUGUCACUGGGGCAACUGGACAGAUCAGAACACGGGACGUACAGGUGUACUGCUAGGAAUGUUGUCGGGGCGUUCAUAAUAACAAUCAGUAUGGAAUGA